AUGGCUUUCGUCUGGGUACAGCAGUGGUUUGCUCUUCCAGUCGUUAUCGAGGAACCAAUGGGCGACCUACCACUUGGAUCUGGUCCACAAGCUUUGGACAUCACGGCAACUGGAAUUGCUCAUGAUGAUAUACAAAGCCACGCACAACACCCUUUGGGCGCUCGGUCUCCUACCAGUAGCACGCCCUUUUACUCUCAGCUUAGCUCAAUUCCUCAAUCGCAGCUACGGCGCGACCUUCGUUCUCCCGCACAUCCAAGCAGCCCGCACUACCCUCAAGACCAUGGCGCGACGUCUUUGAAUAUGAGUGCCAUGGCCGGAUCACUUCCAGAAUAUGCCUCAGCCGACGGUGCGCAUCUGCAGCAUGCCCAGCGUCAAUUGUCCGGCGCAUCGACAUCCGCACUCGUCUAUCAGCUUCAGCAGAAUCUACAAGUGCACGGCCCAGCAUCCAACACGCUCCCCGUACAUCCUGGCUACGGUGCCAGCUUCGGUCCUGGCCAAUUCCAACAAGCCUACAUACCAGCGCAAGCUUCAUCCCACUCAAACUAUACCUUUCCCCCCAACCAACAACGUGGACCGGGGCCCAAUUCCAUCCAACCACCAUACCAGAAUUAUCCACAACAGUCGCCUUAUCUAUAUUACCCUGCGCCAUAUGGGACGCAUCACUUUGUACCGGGCUUCUCUGCCCAGAACGCGCAGACUCACGCGUUGUAUGGUAGGAGACCGAGUCUUGCUUCAACGCAAGCUCCGCUGCCUGGUCAGAGUUUGGACAUGUCCCCACGGGAUGGUGUAUUUCCCCAUGGGCAUCAUACCAAUUCCAGUGCGGUACAAGUGGAUCCAGCCUCUAUGGGUUGGAUACCCGGUGGGCAGCUUGCGCAAUCUGGUGGCAUUGUUCGCCCCGACCUCGUAAGCUCUAUCCCUCGGGGUCCUCCACGAAAGCCAAAACAGUCAGGUCACGCCCUGUGGGUGGGAAACUUGCCUCCAGGGACGACGGUGAUAUCUCUGAAGGACCAUUUCUCGCGCGAUGCCACAAAAGACAUUGAGAGUUUGUUCCUCAUAUCCAAGAGCAACUGCGCAUUUGUCAAUUAUCGUACCGAGACAUCAUGUACUGCUGCUAUGCAUAGAUUCCACGACUCGCGCUUCAACGGUGUCCGAUUGGUAUGUAGGCUUCGUCGUAGUUCUGCACCGGCAUCUGGUGUGCCUACAGGACCUUCGGCCAUGGUUGGGGCACAAGCGACAAACCCGUCCCCUCCAACACCACUCCACGACGAUCAAGACGAGGGACUACAGCCAGCUACAGAGGCCAAGCUUGCACUUCAUAAAAGUGACGGAAACGUACAGGGUACUUCAGGCGCUCCUGACAGGUACUUUAUCGUGAAAAGUUUGACUUUACAGGAUCUUGAACUCAGUCUGCGUAAUGGUAUUUGGGCUACGCAAUCUCACAACGAAGACGCAUUGAACAGUGCAUUCGAGACUGCUGAAAAUGUCUAUCUUAUCUUCUCCGCGAACAAAUCUGGCGAGUACUUUGGCUAUGCUCGCAUGACAUCCCGCAUCCUCGAUGACGAUGUCCAGCUGAUUGGGUCGGCACCCAAACAAGACAACAUACUAGAGGCCACCGAUGUCCCGAAAUCGAUACCCACACCCGCGACGGAAUUUGCGCCCAAGGGUAGGAUAAUAGAUGACUCGGCGAGAGGCACAAUCUUUUGGGAGGCGGAGCUCACGGACUCUGAAGGUGAAGAAGACCAACCAGACAAAGAAGAUGCGCAGACAGAGGGAGAAGCUCCAGCUGUCGCUCAGAGCUGGGGAAAACCGUUUCGGAUCGAAUGGAUUUCCACGACCCGAUUGCCGUUCUAUCGUACACGAGGGCUUCGAAAUCCGUGGAACGCCAAUCGCGAAGUCAAAAUUGCGAGGGAUGGGACAGAGCUCGAGCCUAGUGUUGGAGAACGCCUACUCCAGAUGUUUCGUGGGCCUAUCUCCAUGCCACUGGCGCAGCCUCCCGUCGGAGCCCACAUGCGGCCUUUUUAG